UAAUUAGGCUUCGCUAUUACACUGCUCUCCUCCUACUUACUCACUCACCAUUGUUUCUUUUCUUUUUCUUUUAUUAUAAAUAACUCACGCACCGUUGUUACAUAAACAAAGCUCUUCAUUCUCUCUCUAUCUUUUUUUUUGGGGUCAAAUCUCUCUCUCUCUCUCUUGCUCGUUUUAAUUACACUCUGCUUAGUUUGCUUUCAAGAUUUGAGACUGAGACAGAGAAAUCGACAGAUAAUGUCGGGUGAGAAGCAAGCGGAGGAGGCAAUAGUGGUCUCAGGCGUCAGCGAGGCGGGGGAUGACGGAGCCGGUGGAAAAGUGGAAGAUUCAACUGCAGAGGAUAUAAACAGCGGCGAUGCCAGUGAUGGAUUUAGCAUGAAGAGUUUUCUCUGGCAUGGCGGGUCCGCUUGGGACGCCUGGUUCAGCUGUGCCUCCAAUCAAGUGGCACAGGUGCUGUUGACACUGCCGUAUUCCUUCUCGCAGCUGGGGAUGUUAUCAGGAAUAUUGCUACAAAUAUUCUAUGGACUAAUGGGAUCUUGGACUGCUUACCUCAUCAGUGUUCUUUACGUCGAGUAUCGAGCCCGAAUGGAGAAACAAGAGGCCAAAUCAUUCAAAAACCACGUUAUUCAGUGGUUUGAAGUGCUUGAUGGGCUGCUGGGUCCGUACUGGAAAGCAGCGGGGCUCACAUUUAAUUGCACCUUCUUGUUAUUCGGAUCAGUCAUCCAGCUCAUCGCUUGUGCUAGCAAUAUAUAUUACAUAAACGAUAGACUGGACAAGAGGACUUGGACGUAUAUAUUUGGUGCUUGUUGUGCCACGACCGUCUUCAUACCAUCUUUCCACAAUUACCGUAUUUGGUCUUUCCUCGGUCUUGUCAUGACCACUUACACUGCUUGGUACCUCACCAUCGCCGCAUUUCUCCAUGGCCAAGCUGAGGGUGUGACACAUUCUGGUCCGACCAAACUUGUGUUGUACUUUACCGGAGCUACCAACAUCCUCUAUACAUUUGGUGGACACGCUGUGACUGUGGAAAUAAUGCAUGCGAUGUGGAAACCAAGGAAGUUUAAGAGCAUAUACCUGAUGGCGACACUGUACGUCUUCACGUUAACGCUUCCGUCAGCCUCCGCCGUCUAUUGGGCUUUCGGCGACCAGCUUCUCAACCACUCAAAUGCUUUCUCUCUCCUCCCUAAAACGCGUUUCCGUGAUUCCGCCGUCAUCCUCAUGCUCAUCCAUCAGUUUAUAACAUUUGGAUUUGCGUGUACACCGUUAUACUUCGUAUGGGAAAAAGCAAUAGGAAUGCACCACACUAAAAGCAUAUGUCUAAGAGCGAUCGUGAGGCUGCCGGUGGUGGUUCCUAUAUGGUUUCUAGCCAUCAUUUUCCCUUUUUUUGGUCCCAUAAACUCCGCGGUUGGAGCUCUACUCGUUAGCUUCACCGUCUACAUCAUCCCUGCCUUAGCCCAUAUGCUCACCUACCGCACCGCCUCUGCCCGUCGGAAUGCGGCGGAGAAGCCGCCGUUCUUUUUGCCAAGCUGGAGCGGAGUUUAUGUGAUAAACGCAUUUGUGGUGGUUUGGGUGCUAGUUCUGGGGUUCGGGUUUGGAGGAUGGGCAAGCAUGACCAACUUCAUCAGGCAAAUUGACACUUUUGGCCUCUUUGCCAAUUGCUAUCAAUGCAAGUCGCCGAUUCCUCCUCCUCCUACUCCGGCCACCGGUAAUCACCACCGCCGUUAGUGAAGUAUGAAAGUGUGAUUUUCUUCAGUUUUCUUUUUUUUUUCCUAUGUAUGAAAGAAACGUACGUAUAUCAGCGAAUUAACAAUGUUAUAUAUAUUUGAAAUUUGGUUAACAUCA